AUGAAUAAGCAUGUUACCAAGAGAAGGAACUGUCAUGCUAGAAUAAAUAGAAUUUUGGAGGAUAAUGGUUCAUGGCAUGUUUCAAAGUUGGUUAAAAAGCAUAAUCAUCAAUUGGAACCAACACUAUCGCGAUUGAUGGCUGGACACAUGUCGCUUAGUAAGUCUCUUAAGAGAGCUUUUGUAGCCGAAGAUAUUGCAGGCUUAAGACCCUCAAAAAAUAUAAGAGUUGCUAAAGUACUUGCUGGUGGCCCCGAAAAUCUGGGUUGUACACCAAAGGACUGCAGAAAUUAUAUUUUGAAGAGUAGAAAGCUUCAAUUGCAAGAAGGGGACAGACAAUUAUUUCUCAAGUUCUUCAGUGACAUGAAACAAAAAGAUAGAGAAUUUUACUACUCCAUAGAUGUGGAUAGUUUUGGUCGACUUCGUAAUAUCGUAUGGGUUCAUUCACACUCUAAGGUUGCAUAUGAGGAGUUCCAUGAUGUAAUAUGCCUUGAUACCACAUACCUUGUGAAUCGAUACAAUAUGCCAUUUGCUUCAUUUGUUGGUGUCACAUACUUUUGGGAUGCACUCUUAUGUCUAGUGAGGAUAUAA